AUAAGAUUUUAUAUUUUAAGAGAAAAGGGCGGUGUGUUUAACUCUGGGUGCUAAGAUGGCUUCGGCUAUUUCACUUGUCUCUUCAUCCAUUCUUCUUUCUUCUUCUUCUUCGUCUUCGCCCUCUGUUUAUCUUCCAAUUUCAAAUUCAGUCAAUUGGGUUUCAUCUUCUUCAUCAUACACAUGUAUUUCCACUUGGGUUUCUUCCAAACGAUGCAGUAGUAGAAACCCACAAAACCUUAUUUGCAGAGCUGCUGAAUACAAAUUCCCUGACCCCAUUCCUGAGUUUGCUGAUGCUGAAACGGAGAAGUUCAGAGAUCAUUUGCUUAAGAAACUUCCAAAGAAGGAUGUCUAUGGAGAUUCUGUUGAAGAAAUUGUUGGAAUCUGCACUGAGAUCCUCAACGAGUUCUUACAUGCUGAGUAUGGUGGUCCAGGAACAUUACUGGUUGUUCCAUUCAUCGAUAUGGCAGAUACCAUAAACGACAGAGGUUUACCAGGAGGACCACAGGCUGCGCGUGCUGCAGUCAAAUGGGCACAAAGUCAUGUUGACAAUGAUUGGAAGGAAUGGAAUAGUGGUAAGAAAAAAUAAUCCAACAACCAAGACCCAGAAGGAAUUCGAAUAGUGGCAAGAAAAGAUGAUCCAACAACCAAGAUCUGUUGCCAGAAGUUUUGAUGCAUGCUAUUUUUUUGUUGGGAACUCCCUUUACAGUAGUAUGUGAUAGUAUAGGACUAGAAAUUAGAGAAACUAGUCAGAAAAGUUUCUCAUUCUCACGAUGGCACUUUGUUAUAUUAUUAUGCUCACCGUUAACGUUUUAACAUUCUUACUCUAUGCUCAUUUUUCAAAUAUUAGAUAUUAUACGAUCUGAAUAAGGUAAUGUAUUGCUCAAGAAACUCCUUAACACCAACCCAAUGUAGUACAGGCAUAAUUACAUGUCAUCUUGAAUCUAUUAUCAAUAUGUAUAUUCACCUUUAAAAUGGUGCACCAGUAAUAGAUAGAAGGAAUUUCCUCCA